AUGCCCCGAUCGUGGAUAGUGCUGCUGGCCGCGUCGCUGUGUUGCUUGUUCCAAUUGGGGGGAUGCAGGAAGCCACAGAAAUGCCCAUACACCUGCAGUUGCUCCAAGGAGUCUAUAAUUUGCGUCGGGUCCAGCUACGUCCCGCGGAUCUCCCCGAACGACAUCCAUUCACUGAGUAUUGUGAAUGGGACUUUCUCAGAGAUUAAGGAGGGUAUGUUUGCCCACAUGCCAUCGCUCCAGCUGCUGCUUCUCAACUCCAACUCUCUCACAAAUAUCCGGGAUGAUGCUUUCUCAGGACUUUCACACCUGGAGUAUCUGUUUAUUGAGAGUAACAAGAUGGAAACAGUGUCCAAGUAUGCCUUCAGAGGAUUGCGGGACUUGACUCACUUAUCUCUUGCGAACAAUAACAUCAAAGCUUUGCCGCGGGACCUUUUCAGCGACCUGGACUCUCUCAUUGAACUGGAUCUGCGAGGUAAUGCUUUCGAGUGCGACUGUCGCGCUAAGUGGCUCAUGACGUGGCUCAAAAGCACCAACGCCACGGUGUCUGAUGUGGUGUGCGCCGCGCCAGAGGAGAUGAAGGCCACCAGACUCAACGACAUGAGCAGUCUGCAGAAUGAGUGCAUCUCUACCGACUUUGUCCUUCAUCAGACGAUUGCCUCAGAGUCCCUGUCCGUGGAUACCUUCAGCUUUAAGAAUGACGUUUACGUGGCUAUAGCUGCUCCCAGUAUGGAGAGCUGCAUGGUUUUUCAAUGGGACCACAUCGAGAUGAACUACAGGACGUAUGACAAUAUCACAGGUCAGUCUAUAGUGGCCUGCAAGUCGGUGCUCAUCCAGAACGAAGUCUUUGUGAUCGUGGCUCAACUGUUUGGAGGCUCCCACAUCUACAAGUUUGACGAAGACCAAAGCAGAUUCAGCAAAUUCCAGGACAUUGAAGUCUCCAAAAUCUCCAAACCGAACGACAUCGAGGCCUUCCAGAUCGGCACAGACUGGUUCUUCGUGGUGGCGGACAGCUCAAAAGCCGGCCUGUCCACGCUCUACAAAUGGAACGACAAGGGCUUUUAUUCGCACCAGUCGCUUCACGAGUGGUAUCGCGACACUGACGCUGAAGUUUUAGAUCUGGACGGAAAGGCGCACAUCAUCCUGGCAAGCCGAUCCCAAGUGCCCGUCAUUUACCAGUGGAGCCGCAGCAACCAAAAGUUCAUCCUCCAAGGCGAGAUUCCCAACAUGGAGGACGUAGUGGCCGUGAAGCAUUUCCGAAUCAAGGAGGAGCUUUACCUCACCAUGACGCGGUAUAUCGGAGACUCCAAAGUUUUGCGUUGGGGGACCAAACAGUUUUCAGAGGUCCAAGCUUUGCCUUCAAGAGGUUCCAUGAUCCUUCAACCGUUCUCCUUCAAAGAGCGUCAUUACCUGGCUCUGGGCAGCGACUACACGUUCUCUCAGAUCUACAUUUGGGAUGACGAGGGGAAGGUUUUUGAGCGUUUUAAGGAAGUGUACAUCCAGGCCCCUCGUUCCUUCACUGUAGUCUCCACCGACCGCAGGGACUUCCUCUUUGCGUCCAGCUUCAAGGGAUACACGCAGAUUUUUGAGCACAUCAUCAUUGACUUGAGCUUGUGA